GGCAGGCUCUGGAGAGAAGAAGCCCCCACGCUGCCGCGAUGAUCCGGAGAAGCAGUGGGGGUGCAAUCUCCAGCCCUGUGUUGGACCGCACCUCCUCACCCUGGCCCGUGUAGCAUCCCUACGGAUGCAGCGGCACCGGGUUGGCGAGGAAGGGAAAGAGGGGGGGGAACCCCCAGUUUGUGCGGAGAGAGGAGGAGGGUGGUGGGACGUGCCGCUGCGCGCCGGGACGGUGCCGUGCGGGGGGUGACAGCCGCAGCCCGGCGGCUUGCGGGGGCGGCUCGGGGCCGCCAGGCUGCGCUCUCGGUCCGGCCGCCGCGCCUGCCGCCCUCCCCGGGCGACCGGGGCUUGGGGCACGGCAGAGCCUCGCCGCGAGCGGGCGGUCCCGGGACGGCGGCGGCGGCGGCACCACCGGCGGCGGCACCUGCGGCGGCGGGGACAGGCAGGGCUCGGCGGCCCGUCCGCGCCCCUCGCCCGGCCCGGCAUGACGCGGCGGCGCCCCGGCGGCGGCGGGAGGUGGGUGCCGGUAGCCCUGGCCGCGCUCCUGGCCCUGAGAGGUCUGGUGUGUCCUCUGGAGGUUUCUGUCAGUUCAGGGAGUAUCCAGGUUGCCCGAGGCCAGACAGCAGUAUUGCCCUGCACCUUCACCACUAACGCUGCUCUCACUAACCUUAAUGUCAUCUGGAUGGUCAUUCCUCUUUCUAACGCCAACCAACCUCAACAGGUUAUUCUCUACCAAGGGGGUCAGAUCUUUGGUGGUGCACCUCAGUUCUAUGGGAGAGUGGGGUUUGCUGUGACAAUGCCAACCACCAGUGCCUCCAUCUUCAUCAACAACACUCAGCUAUCGGAUACUGGCACAUACCAGUGUUUGGUCAACAAUCUUCCCGACCGAGGCGUCAGGAAUAUUGGAGUCAUUGGACUUACUGUCUUGGUUCCUCCUUCUGCCCCGCUUUGCAGAAUCCAGGGGUCCCUGGACGUGGGCAGCGAUAUCACACUGACCUGCAGCUCAGAAGAAGGCAUUCCCCGGCCAACAUACCUCUGGGAGAAACUGGACAAUGUUCCCAAGUUGCCCCCAACUGCCACACAAGACCAAGUCCAGGGCACUGUCACUCUCCGAAAUAUCAGCACUGUGUCCUCAGGUCUUUACCAAUGUGUGGCUUCAAAUGCCAUUGGAACCAGCACUUGCCUUCUGGACCUGCAAGUCAUUGCACCCCACCCACGGAGUAUUGGCCUGAUUGCAGGAGCAGUGGCCACGGGCGCCGUUGUGCUCGUUGUUUGCAUCGUGUUGGUGGCCGUGGCACUGUUCUACUGGAAAAAUAAACACAAAGAAGAAGAAGAGGAGGAAAUUCCAAAUGAGAUAAGGGAGGAUGACCUGCCACCCAAAUGCUCCUCUGCCGCAAAGACGUUCCAUGCUGAUGCGUCCUCAUCAGAGAACGACACCCUCACCUCCUCCAACACCUACAACAGCCGCUACUGGAAUGACCCCAAAGCCAACCACGCCACAGACUCCUUCACUCGCUUCAGCAACAGCAACGAUGCUCACCAGCCCCCCUUCUCCCGCUCAGGGAGCACGAGUGCCCGCCCUGUCUAUGCCAAUGGCGGCCACCCAUCCCCGGCUCCCCCUAAGACACUGGUGGUGACGGCCAGCACAGCGCCGUCCCCUCAGGAGGUGAUCCGGAGCAAUGGUUCAGUCAGCAGGAAGCCACGGCUGCCACACACCCGUUCCUAUGCAGUCAGUCAGGCCACGCUGGAGCGUAUCGGGGCUGUUCCCGUCAUGGUGCCCGCCCAGAGCCGGGCUGGCUCCCUUGUGUAGGACUGUGUCAGCUGCUGAGAGCUGAGCAAGGAGCCUCUCAUACCUGGUGGGGCGAAGAGACCCUACACCUUCUUGAAAGGCAGUGAGGCAGAAGGGGGGCACACAUUUAACCUCUCCACCCUGUCCUCCCCGCUUGAGGCCACUGCCAGCUGGUGGGACAGCCCUGUCCAGGCCGCUUUCCCCACAGCUGUUGGAGCUCCUCCUGCUGAUGGACACCACAGAUGUGCCAAGGCCAGAGGAGCAGAGAGGGCGGGACAUGCUCCCCGGCUGCUGGGCCCCAGCUGGGAUACGUACCUGGACCUGACCUUGGAAGGAACUUUUGUUUUUAUUUCCUGUUGGUUUUGUUGGGGACUGAUUCCAUCCAUUUGGGUCUUUCAGGGCGGUUCGGGGAGAUAUAUAUAUAUAUUAAUUUUUUUCUGUUGUUAUUGCUAUUUUUUUUCUAAGAGGACGACAGCCUGCGUUCGGGCAGGGAAGGCUGAGCAGCCCCAGCUCCCGCUCCAUAGCCCUGGCUCUGCCUGUCAGAUUAGGGAGAAUAGUGCACUGGGGCCUGAUUUGAGGGGGCAUGGGAGACAGGCUGGAGGAGCGAGAUGAAGGCACAGCCAGCAGCCUGGUCAAGGGGAUGGUUGGGUUAGGGUGUGGACUGGGGAGAAUUUGUCUUUAUUUUUUGCAGUUCUUCUCCCACCUCAAUAUACAUGCAGACAAACACACACACAUGCACACACACACACAUACACACACACAGAUACAUGCAGGUCCUUCUCAGGCUGGGUGUUUUUCCUGCAUUAGGUUGGGAUGCCACCAGAGCCCUAUUUAUAGCUGUGGAGGAUGAAGCCAUGUGAGCAUCUUUCCUUGAGACACUCCACGUGUCGCUGCUGCUGCUGCUAUAGGGCUUGCAUCUCUUUUUUUUUUUUUUCUUGGGGUGUUGCUGGGGUUAUUCAGGAGGCAGAGAGAAGCCAGGUGGUGUGGUAGAGCACCAAGCAGGUUCAUGAGGCAUCCAAUCCCCUGGGCUACUCUGGUUUAGGACAAGUGACUUCAAACCCCAGCUUUGAUGUUUGCCUGGUGGGUUUUGCUCAUCAGGGUACCCAGGGUUGGCCAGCAUGGAGGGCACAUGGCAGGCUUGGGGCCUUCAGAGGCAUCAGAGAUUUCAUUUCUGCUCUCCCAUGUGCACAUACAGGCUGGCAGGAUUCGUAUGCAAAUACCUUUCUUUAGAAAGCAGAGGCUUAAUGGAGGCCCACAUGCUAUAUCUCUGCCUCCCCUUCUUCCCUCAAUGUCCCGGGACAUGGUACUGGUGGCAUCUGCCAGUGGCUCUGCCAUCUCCUUGCGGUCAGGCAGGUGGUUGUAGCUGGCAUCUCUACUUUUUUCUAUUGCAACUAAAUAGCCUUAAUCAAAGCCAAGAGUUGAAACCUCUGAAGGAAUCUGACGCCAUUUGGAGGGCUGGACUCAGGGCUGGGUUUUUGCCUCCUAGAGAGCACUGGCUCGAAGAGGCCAUGUCUGGAUGGAUGUCUUGGCCCUCCCACAUAACACCAACCUUUGCACAGGAAAAAGCAAUGAUCACCUCCAAAAGCACCAGAGCCCUCACAGGUCUGCUCUUGGAAAAGCAAUGUGGGGAAUCACAGGUGACUUUCAAUAGUUCUCACAUUGGAAAAAGGGUCUGUUUAAGCCAACAGAUUCUUCCUCAUCCCCACUUUCCUUGUCCUGGCACGGCUUUACUUUCCCUAGCAGUGCACAAACCUUGGGCAGGGCCUUCUACCUGAGCAGUACCUUUCAAAUGAAAGCACAGACUCUGAGGAAGAGGAGGAAGAGGUGAGGGCUGGGUUCCCAUAUGGACACACUGGCUUUUUGGGAGGCUGGAAGCUCCCAAGCAGCACUAGGUUUGAAACUUGGCUGAGAUUUUGUGCCUUCUUUGCUUAAAAAAAAAAAAAAAAAAAAAAAAAAAAAAAGAGAGAAAUCCAACUUCCCUUCCUUCCCCCUCUACACAACUCCAUCCAGAAUGGGUGGAAUGGGUGCAAACCCCUGCAGUGGUGCAGGCAGGUAGUAGUUGCUCUAUGUGUGCACACACAUUUCACUGGAGCAGUUCUCUUUCCUGCCUAUCUGCUCACUUUGCUGCUGGGUGGUAAGAUUGACGGGGGAAGAAGAGUGGCUUUAGAAACCCUAACGUGGGAGGGGAGAAAAAACAACAAAGAAAAGCUCAGACACAUUCUCUCUGCUUUUGUAACAACCCCUGUGUGACAUUUACAGGAACACUGCCCUCAGCAGGCGCCCUCCUCUACUGGGAAAGCUCUUCUGGUUCCUACCCUCCAUGAGACUGUUUGCUCCUCUUUCUUUGUUCUUUCUAAUUGUAUAAAAUUCAAUAAAACUUUAUUCAUAUAAAAAAAGGA